UCAAAAAGAGUCAUUCGUUCCUGAAGGAUUGAUCCGAGCUACUCAUCGAGUGAUCUCCAAUCGCACCUUCCGAUCGCCCCAUAAAGACCACAACAUAGUACUGCACUGCGCAGUUUUGCUUCUUCUGAUCCGUCCAGUUCCGUCCCGUCCACCACCACCAACAAGGCAGAUCACCAACAACAACCGCAACCAUGUCGACUCCCGUGGUAACCACCAUUGAGCUCCAGUCGCUGCCCAAGUUGACCAGCGGCAAGGUCCGCGACCUGUAUGAGAUUGAUGACAAGACACUGCUGUUCGUUACUACCGACCGCAUUUCGGCGUACGAUGUCAUCAUGGCCAAUGGUGUCCCCCAGAAGGGCGCCAUCCUCACACAGCUUACUGCUCACUGGUUCAAAGUCCUCGGGGAGCGGAUUCCGGGUCUCAAGACGCAUUUCAUCAGCCUCACUCCUCCCCCCUCGGUCAGCGAUGAAGAUAAGUCCUUGAUCCGGGGCCGUAGCAUGCAGGUCAGGAAGCUCAAGGUCUUCCCCAUCGAAGCUAUCGUUCGUGGCUAUAUUACUGGUAGCGCCUGGAACGAAUAUCAGAAGACGGGCACGGUCCACGGCAUCCCCCAACCUGCCGGCCUUCAGCAAUGCUCUCCUUUCCCUAAGCCCCUGUACACCCCGAGCACCAAGGCAGAGCUCGGCGACCACGACGAGAACAUCUCCCCCGAGAAGGCGGCCGAGAUUGUUGGAGACAAGUACGCGGCGCGCAUUGAGGAGUUGGCGCUCAAGGUCUACUCCACUGCGGCCGAGUAUGCGCGCGAACACGGCAUCAUCAUCGCCGACACCAAGUUCGAGUUCGGCCUGGAUGAGGAGACGGACGACAUUGUUCUCAUUGACGAGGUCUUGACCCCUGACUCGUCACGCUUCUGGCCGGCCAGCGAGUACGAGGUCGGACGAGACCAGGACAGUUUCGACAAGCAGUUCCUGCGCAACUGGCUCACUAAGGAGGGGCUCAAGGCCAAGGACGGCGUCGAGAUGCCGCAGGAGCUUGCUGAAGCUACGAGCGCCAGGUACAAGGAGGCCUUUAAGCUGCUCACGGGCAAGACAUUGGAGGAAGCCCUUGGUGAGCUUUGAGAGUUCUAUAGGAUGGGGCUUGUUUUGUUGGGUUUGCUGUUGUUACUAUCUGAUUGAUAGUUUGCUGGGAAAAGGAGUGACCGGGAAAGGCCUUCAAAAGGACUCGGCACUGUAACGAAAAUACUGGAUACACUCAAAAACA